AUGGUUAGCUUAGUCGCUGAAAGAAGACAUCUGAGCAUAGUAGAUCUUCUUCUUUAAGCUUAUGGAUUAUAUGUCUUAUACCACAGUUUAUUGGAUACUCACACAAGCAAUUUCUAUAAGUAUAGUUGUGCAAUCUUCUUUAUAAUAGACAAGGUCUUUGCACUGAAGAGAGUGUUUUCAAACCCUACUAUACCGUAUUUGUUAGAUUAGGUAUUUCAUCUUGAUACUCAGAUAUUCAAAAAGAAAUAUUACAAGAAAUUAUCUUUUAAUAGUAAUUUUAUAUUAGCUUCGUUCUUUUUAACACUUUUAGAGUACUUCUUCUUCGAAAAUACUCAAAAAAUUUACUAAUUAUACAUCUGGGCAUGUGUUUUUGGAUUUUAUCUUUUCUUCUACUAAGAUUGGAUUGGAGCUAUUGAUGCUAUAGUUGUCUAGUACAUGGUAUUGAAUAUGUUCAGACUCUUUUAUUUGCAUUUUAGGAUAAAAGAAUCUUGCAUUACUAUAGCAUGUGAGAUAGGCUUUAUGUACUUUUUCUAUAUGACAAGUUUUGAUCAACCUGAAAGUAAAUAAGGCAUAAAUUUUAAAGAAAUAACAAUCGGAAUAAUUUUAGCCAUGUUCUUUGGAAUAAGUCUUCCUUUUAACUUAAACAAAAGAGAGUACAUCCUAAGGGACUAGAUUUUCAAGGUUUUAGGAUAAACUUAAGCUAUGUUUUGCUUCAAUAUUCUUUUCACUUUUAAAAUACUAUUUUAUGAAUACUCCUAUUAUGAUAGAGUUCUUAUAAUAUUAUACAUGCCAAUAUUUGCAUAUAGGAUUUAUAAUUAAAUAGUAUUCUUCGUUAGUGGUCCCUACAUAACCACCUUAGAAAUAGAUUGUAAUUCAUACAAAUAAAUAUAUCGUUAGCUAAGCGGUUCAGUUUUAUAGUGUAAAGUUAAAUUUUUACACUUUAACUGCAAUUGGGCAUGUGACCAAGUUGAUAUUCUUUAAAAAAUUAACAAAGACAUUCUAUUUACCUAUGAAUUGCAUCAUGGAGCUAUGGUUUCUCUUGUGAAUUAUGAAUAACAUGCAAAAAAUGAUGUGAUUUCUGUAGAUACAAAUAACUUGUCUGUGCUUAUUUUUGGUUUAUACAUUUACUCAGUCAAUAAGAUAUAUAAAAAUCUAAGAUUCCAUUUCGAUCCCAAAAAGUUUAGAGAAUAUCCUGAGCACUAAUUUUACUAUUAUUUAAUAAGGUAUCCAUUUGUUAGCUUCUAUAGCAAGUAAAUAAACUACGAUGGCGAAGAAGUUGAAAUGCAUUUACCUCCUUUCGUACGUUAAUACUAAAGAGAAAUACAAUAACAAGUCAAAGCCAUAGCAUUAUACGAAAAAACAAUUAAAAGUGUCUUCUUAAUUAACUAAAGAAGAUUCUAAAUUUUCACAGAUUUACAUGAAUAAUGA